AGCGAACGACAACAAUAAAAUAUUUAUUUUAAAAUAUUGAACAUUUGUAGCAUAGAUAUAGUGAAUAUAGCAUAGCAAAAACUGAAACAUAUUAUCCAAAGCAACAAAUAUUUGACUGGACUUGCCUUAAAGUAGCAGCGACAGCUAAAAGCUGCUGUGAAACAUUCAAAUUGUGAUUAUUAGUCAAAUUUAAGCAAAUUAGUGUACAAAUCGAUUAAAUAAUUAAGACAACAACAACAACAACAACAAAUCAAUCAACGAAAACUGCAGCCAAAACAAACCAAACCAAACCAAACCAAACCAAACCCAAAGAACCAGCUAACUAUCAAGCAUUACAAUAAUGGAAUCCAUUUAGUGUUAAACUAAACGUAAGAAAGCGCUAGAGGUAAAACACAAGAUGUCCAUGGUAUGCAGUCUGAAUGGCGAUGGCGGCCAGCCGACGAGCAACAACAGCAAUACGAACACGAACCCAAACACGAACACAAACACGAACACGAAUGCGAAUGCGAAUCCGAAUGCGAAUGCGAAUGCAGCAAACACAAAUUCAAAUACAAACGCAAUGGCGUACGAUUAUGGGCAGCAGCAGAGCUCGGCCGAUGUGCCCAAUGCCAGCACGCCGCUGCUGCUGGGCCACGAAUCGGGCGGCGCGGCCAGCGGCGAUGUGGGCAAUAGCGGCACAGCCAUAACGGUACUGCAGCCGCCUGCUAUGAUUGGCACAGCGGGCUAUGCGACGACGACAGCGGAAUCAGCUGCGCUGGCGGCAGCGGCAGCGCCAACGGGCGAAACGAUGCUGAGCCUGAAUAGCGGUACUUUGAGUGUGUCGGGCGGCAUGGUGCUGCCCGGCACACUGAAUUUCGUGAUGGGCGCCGCAAGCGCGCAGACAAGCAACAACGACAACAACAACAAYAUGGAUAAUGCGAGCGAUGACUCGAACCCGGUGACCAUUUACAGGUGCCGGGCUCCGAUAGCGUCGCUCGACUGCAUGGAGGAGUUCAGUGGUACGGGCGGUCAUCUUGAUUUCGGCCGUUCAAUAAGCCUCGGCUCGAAUCCGGCGCUGCCGCUGCGGCACGGCUCGACGCCGACGCCGGGGUUGCGGUACAAGAAUCUGGGCAAGAGCGGCCUGCGCAUCUCGAACGUCGGCCUGGGCACUUGGCCGGUCUUCUCGCCGGGCGUCAGCGAUGAGCAGGCCGAGUCCAUACUGAAGCUGGCCAUCGACAGCGGCAUCAACCUCUUUGACAUCUCCGAGGCGCACUCCGAAACGGAGAUCGGAAAGAUAUUGCAGCGCACCGGCUGGAAGCGCACCACCUAUGUGAUCACUACCAAAGUGUACUGGAGCACCAAAUCCGAGGAGCGAGGCCUCUCACGCAAACACAUCAUCGAGUGCGUGAGAGCCAGCUUGCAGCGCCUGCAGCUGAACUACAUCGAUAUUGUCAUCAUUCACAAGGCCGAUCCCAUGUGUCCAAUGGAAGAAGUGGUGCGCGCCAUGAGCUAUGUCAUCCAGCAGGGCUGGGCCAUGUAUUGGGGCACGGCCAGGUGGUCGCAGGUGGAGAUAAUGGAGGCCUAUACCAACUGCCGGCAGUUUAACUGCAUCACACCGAUUGUCGAGCAAUCGGAAUACCACAUGUUCUGUCGCGAGAAGUGCGAGCUGUAUCUGCCCGAGAUGUAUAACAAGAUCGGCGUAGGCCUGAUGGCCUGGGGCCCCUUGUCGAUGGCGCUGAGUGACACACAGAACGGGGACAAGCUCUUCCUGCCCAAGGGCUCGUUCAAGACGAAGAGCUUCUCGUGGACGGAGGACGAGAUCAAUCGCAAUGCCGCAUUGUCGCCGCAGGGCAGCUGGGGCAAGGAUCGCAUCGAGGAGGGGCGCCGACACUGCGACCGGCUGCGCGACUUGGCCGCGCUGGCCGAGAAGCUCGGCUGCAGUCCCACCCAGCUGUCGAUCGCCUGGUCGCUGAAGCACGAGCCCGUUCAGUGCCUUCUGCUGGGCGCCACCUCGGCGGAGCAGUUGCAUCAGAGCUUGCAAUCGCUGCAGCUGUUGCCGCGCCUCUCGUCGAGCGUGAUGCUGGAAUUGGAGCGGAUACUGGAGAACAAGCCGGUGCGACCGCCAAUGAUAUCGACACUGGCGCUUCGGUGACAAUCAGCCUGCCCGCAGG